AUGGGUCAAUUCGAGGUACAGACUAUUCCAACCAAGCCAUACCAGGACCAGAAGCCCGGCACUUCCGGUCUGAGGAAGAAGACCGCCGUUUUUAUGAAGGAGCCACACUACACGGAGAAUUUCAUCCAGGCAAUCUUGGAAGCAAUUCCAGAAGGUUGCAAAGAUGCUACGCUCGUGAUUGGUGGUGACGGUCGUUUCUACAACGACGUAGUCAUUAACAAGAUCGCUGCCAUUUCUGCUGCUAACGGUGUCCGCAAGCUGGUCAUUGGCCAAAACGGGCUGCUUUCAACGCCAGCCACCUCUUACAUCAUCAGGUCUUACAAGGAUAAAGCCACAGGUGGUAUCAUUCUGACUGCUUCACACAACCCUGGUGGUCCAGAAAAUGACAUGGGUAUCAAGUACAACCUGGCCAACGGUGGCCCUGCACCAGAGUCCGUGACGAACGCCAUGUGGGAGAUCUCCAAGAAGUUGACCUCCUACAAGAUCAUUAAGGAUUUCCCAACUUUGGACUUGUCCAAGAUCGGGAACGAUCAGAAAUACGGCCCACUUUUGGUCGAUAUCAUCGACACUACGAAGGAGUAUGUCGAGUUCUUGAAGACGAUCUUCGAUUUCCCAUUGAUUAAGGCGUUCAUCACAAAGCAACGCGAGACCAACAACUGGAAGUUGCUAUUUGACUCGCUGAACGGGAUCACUGGCCCCUACGGUAAGGCCAUCUUCGUCGACGAGUUUGGUCUACCAGCUGAGGAGGCCCUACAGAACUGGCACCCACAGCCGGAUUUCGGUGGUCUGCACCCAGAUCCAAACUUGACUUACGCCAAGACUCUUGUCGAAAGGGUCGACCGUGAGAAGAUCCAAUUCGGUGCUGCCUCGGACGGUGACGGUGACAGAAACAUGAUCUACGGUGCCGGUCCAGCGUUCGUCUCCCCGGGGGACUCCGUCGCCAUCAUCGCUGAAUACGCCGCGGAGAUCCCAUACUUCGCCAAGCAGGGCAUCUACGGGCUAGCAAGGUCCUUCCCUACGUCAAAUGCGAUUGACCUUGUUGCCCAGAAGCACGGCCUAAAAUGUUACGAGGUUCCCACAGGUUGGAAGUUUUUCUGUGCCUUGUUCGACGCAAAGAAACUGUCCAUCUGCGGUGAGGAAUCAUUCGGUACCGGGUCCAACCAUAUAAGAGAGAAGGACGGUUUAUGGGCCGUCGUUGCCUGGUUGAACGUGCUGGCUCUGUACAACAAACACAACCCAGAGAAGGAUGCUUCCAUCAAGACUGUCCAGGAGGAGUUCUGGCACAAGUAUGGUCGUGUCUUCUUCACGCGUUACGAUUAUGAACAUGUAUCUUCUGAGGAUGCAGCCAAGGUCGUCAACCAACUGGAAGGUUACAUCGCCAAACCCGAUUUUGUGGGGAGUGCCUUCGCUGGCGACAAAUCGGUAACGGUUACGGAAGCAGGUGACUUCUCGUACACGGACCUGGACGGCUCCGUUUCGAGCCACCAGGGUCUGUACGUCAAGUUAUCCAACGGUGCGAGAUUUGUGCUAAGACUGUCCGGUACUGGUUCCUCAGGUGCCACGAUCAGACUGUACAUUGAAAACUACACCGAUGACAAAUCAAAGUAUGGUUUGGAACCGGAAGAGUUCCUAAAGCCAACCAUCACCUCGGUCUUGAAAUUCUUGAACUUCAAAGAAUCGAUCGGCACAGACGAGCCUACAGUCCGUACAUGA